AUGGCUAAAUAUAUAAUUUUAAUAGCUCGUAAACCACCAACUGAAGCCUAUAAUUUUGGACAACGAAAUAAUGAUGAUGAUAGUAUUCAACGUGAUUGGGAACAAUUUAGACGGAGACUUGAUUUUAUAAUUGAAUUUAAAGGAAAAUGUGAUGAUGAUAUUGAGAAAAGGACAACAGAAAUUAUAUUUCAUCAGAGAUCAGAAGAAGAUUUUAGAAAUAUGAAUUGGAUGGUUAAAUUAAGAAAUGGAAUUCAUACAAAUGAAGAAGUUAUUGAAAAAAGUAAAAAGAUAAAUAAUGAUGGUGAACAUAUUGUGAUAAAUGAUGAAGUUUAUUAUAAACAAAAAUUUUCUGAAUUCAAAAAACAAUAUCUUCAAGAUUAUCCAAAGAGUAGAAAAUUAUACAAGUAUCAGUUAGAAUGUGAAGAAAUUAUUGAAAAUAGUUUAAAAAGAAAUAAUAUAGAAGUUGA